AUGUGGUCCAGCGCACGUCACGACGGAACGCAGCAAUCGGUCCUGCUGGCAGUCGGUGCACUGACGGCCGUCUACGCCUCGUGGAAGCUCCUGAGUCUGCCUGUGCCAGUGCCGGAUCCAGGAAUGGAGACGCUCUUCCGACCGUCAUCGACACUGCCGAUCCUGGGCAACACGUUGGACGUGCUGCUCUUCAAUCGCUACCGCAUGAGCGACUGGAUCAACGACCAGACCGACGCAAGUGGAGGCAAACCGUGGCUCCUCCAGCUGCUCUUCCAACCUCCGUGGGUCGUGCUCUCCUUGCCGAACGACCUCCACGACGUCUUUGUCGACAAGUUUGACGUGUUCGAGAAGGGCGGAGCUCUCCAAGACAUUUCCUUCGACGUCCUGGGCAAUGGACUGCUCAAUGUGAACGGUGCCAAGUGGAAGCAGCAACGUCGAGCUGCCAGUCACCUCUUCUCGACCAAGAGUAUCCGGCAGGUCAUGGAGCCCGUGAUCCGCGAGAAGACGCGGCAACUGCGAGACGUCCUUGCCCAGUGUGCCAAGCGUGGCCAGACGGUCAGCAUGAAGUCGCUCUUGGGCAAGUUCACGAGUGACGUGUUCACUCGCAUCGGGUUCGGCGUCGAGCUCGACCAACUUGCUGGCGAUGUGCUUCUGGACGAGAUGCACCCUCUUGACAUCGCCCUGCGCGCCGUGCAGAACCGUUUCCAGACGCCCAUGUGGAUGUGGAAACUCCAGCGGUUCUUCAACGUUGGGGCGGAGAAGCGGCUUCGAGCCAACAUGAACAUCGUGAAUGACAUGGUGCGGGACAUCAUGGUUCGAUCCAUGAGAGAGGCGCAAUCGACUGGCGAGGACCAGCUCAACGUCUUGGCGCUCUUGAUGAGGGACAAUGCCAACGCGAACCCGCGCGAGCUCCAGGACACGGCUGUCAACUUCUUCAUCGCCGGGAAAGACACGACGUCGUUCAGCCUGUCGUGGCUCAUCGUGAUGAUGAACCGAUACCCUCGCGUGUUGCAAAAGAUUCGCGAAGAGCUUCGAGCCGUGGUCCCGGGGCUCUUGACUGGAGAAACGGACGUCCCAACGCUUGAGGAGACGCAGCAGCUUGUCUACCUGGACGCCGCAGUGAAAGAGAGCGUGCGGCUGCAGUCCGUCUCCACGUACCGAUGCACGACUCGAGACGCGACGCUUUCCGAUGGCGCUUUCAUCACGAAAGGGACCGUCGUGGUCGUUUCCAAGUACGCAGCUGCCCGCCGCAAAACCGUGUGGGGGGACGACGCGGCCGAGUACAGACCCGAGCGCUGGUUCGACGAGGCAACAGGAGCGCCCAAGAACAUCACGCCGCCGCAGUUCAUCACGUUCAGCACGGGACCACGCAAGUGCAUUGGCAUGCGUCUCGCCAUGCUCGAGAUGAAGACUGUCAUGGCCGUUCUCUUCAGUCGCUUCGAGAUCGAAACAGUGGAAGACCCGUUCGAGAUCACCUACGACUUUUCCUUCGUGCUGCCGGUGAAAGGCCCGCUGGCUGUGCGUGUCCGUGAACUCGCCGCAUGCUGCGCGUAG